AUGGCUUGUGUGAAUCAACAGUCGUUCAAAUUAACGCGUGAAAAUUGGCUUGAAGAUCAUCCGAAAUUCAAGGAAAUACAAUCCCUCGGUUACUUUAAUGAAAAAUCUUCAUUAGCAAGAGCGGUGAUAACAGUUUAUUUAGAUCUUUGCGAAAACAAGCACUGGUUUGGUGUUUGCAUUCGUCCCUGCGAAUCACUGAAAUUAGUUUACAUAACAGGAAAAAGAACGAAGAAAUCUCAACUUGAUGUUGUAGUUCCACUUACCAUAGACACAGCUUUAACAGUGGAAGAAAUUCAGGACAUUUUACAGGAAGUCAAUAGAUGUGAACAAGAGGGGGAAGACGCGGAAAUGGAAUCGAGUUGCGCAGGCUCACGAGUGACGGUUGCCUUUUGUGAGACGGAUUCUACAGUGGUUUAUUACGACUUUUUUCAAGGACUUGUACCCCCGGAUCCACCAGACGAGGAAGAGGAAGAGGAAGAGCAGGUUAAGUCAGUGCGCAAAAAGGUCAGGCAAAAGAAAGAAAAAACUCAUUCCAAACUCGCAGACUGA